UUAAAAUUGGUCCGGCUUUAGCAAACCGGGAACCAGCACAUAACGUAGCACGCGUGCGCCAUGAGAGGCGAAGAGUGACUGAAAAGCAGAGUUUUAUGAGCAUUUUGUCAACACAGAAAGCAGCAGCAUGUCAGAGGCCUUAACAGAGCGAAUAAAGGAGCUGGAGGCAGAGGUGGAGAGGCUCAGGUCUCAGCUGGGGGAGAGAAAUGGAGCUGGAGAGGACAUGGAGGUGACGCCACAUUCUAAUGAAAUCACAGACUGCAAGCCUGACUGUACAAGCAGCAGCAAGAAGAAGGGUAAGAAAGGGAACAAGGACCGUCCUCUUGACUUCUCAGUGCACCCCAGGCGCCAUGUGGCUCUGCGGCUGGCGUACAUGGGCUGGGACUACCAGGGGUUUGCAGUUCAGGAGAAUACAGAGAACACGGUUGAGGCCAGACUGUUUGAGGCUUUGUUGAAAACUCGGCUCAUCCAGGACCGACAGAGCUCCAAUUAUCAUCGGUGUGGUCGCACCGAUAAAGGAGUCAGUGCCUUUUCCCAAGUCAUCAGUAUCGAUCUGCGGUCCACACAGUUUUGUGGAGGAGUGGGUGUCACACUCCCCGAAAACGUUGAUGUAAGCACCAAGAAUAAAGCUGAUGUCUCUGAGUUUCCAUACGUGAAGAUGCUGAACAGAGUCCUACCCCAGGAUAUUAGGAUCUUGGACUGGGCACCAGUAGCACAGGAUUUCAGUGCACGCUUUGACUGUCAGUCACGCACGUACCGGUACUACUUCCCUCGAGGAUCUUUGGAUGUCACCUUGAUGGCAGAUGCUGCAAAAAGAUACGAGGGUACGCAUGACUUUCGCAACCUCUGCAAAAUGGAUGUGGGCAAUGGAGUCCUGCAGUUUCAGAGAACCAUCUUGUCAGCAUCAGUGAAACCUGCACAGCCUCAGCAGGACGCCAGCACAGAUCAAUAUGACCUCUUCACAUUUGAGAUCAAAGGAUUAGCCUUCCUUUACCACCAGGUACGAUGCAUGAUGGCCUUGCUUCUCCUGAUAGGGCAAAAACUAGAAGCCCCAGAGAUAAUUGAUCAGCUGCUGGAUGUUCAGAAUAACCCCAGGAAGCCCCAGUACAGCAUGGCAGUGGACUAUCCUCUCAUUCUGCAUGACUGCCACUUUGAUGGUUUGAGCUGGAAACAGGAGACCGAAGAGGUCAACCACAUUCUGGCUGCUCUGCAGCAGCACUGGACACAGACUGCAGUCAAGACCCACAUUCUACAUGGGAUGAUCAAGGCUUUGGAAACCAAAGGUGCAGCACCCUCUAACCAUUGCUGGCUGGUAGAAGGCAGCAGGUGCAAGAGCUACAAACCGUUGCUGGAGCGUCCGGUCUGCGAGAGUCUUGAGUCCAGGAUCGAGCAUUUUGUUAAAAGAGGCAGACUGGAGCGAGAGGAAGGGCAGAACGGAGGUGAAACCAUCCACAGAGGAAAAAGGUCCAAACAUUCACACAGUGGUUCCAGCCUUCCUGAAACCUCAUCAUCAAAGCAAAAUACAGAUCAAAAAGGAGAAGACUGAUAUUUCCAUGUUGGAUAAUAGACUUGUCAUUGUAUUUACAUUUUACUUCAGGACACAAAACGGUGUGUUUAUUUUUAUUUUAUUUUUCCAUGAAACUGUCAUG